AGUGAUGAUACAACCCUCAUCCCCACCCAUUCCACAGAAGCAUUUACUCAACGCCGGAGCACAGCGGUAGAUCUCGUGUCCUCAAUUUCCUUUUCCCUGUCUUGCAAAAAGAAAAGAAAAAGGAGAACACGCACGUAUAAAUUUAUUAUUACUCGUAACGCGCUCCUUUUGACUCUGAUUGGUGUUUCUUUUUGGGCGUUUUACGUUGUUGCUCCCCGCUUGUCUCGCGCCGUCUUCUUCCCUCGCUGCGUCAGGGUACAUGUCUCCAAACGGCCGCAAGAGCCUCACUUCUGUUUUUCUGAAGGUGCUAAGCUUCUGAAUACACAUAUACGUUUGCUUUUUUGACCUUUUCGUCUGUGCUUCCUCUCUUUCCAUCACGAGGCCUUUGCAGGCUUAACGGACGUAUAAGGCGCCUCAUAAAUAUUCUUCGCAGCAACGGCAGUAGAGCGCACUCUUUGCCCUCUGGUUCCCCCGGUCUCGUUUCUGGAACAUGUCCGGCUUUUUGACGCCUGCCGCGUUGCAGCGUGGAGUCGGUGCUCCGCCGCCGUCGCGGCCGCGACUCUUCUCCCGCACGACGGCCGACCACAAGUCGCCGCCUCCGCCAGCCCGCUUAGCCCCCAUCGGUCCCAUCACGCCAGUGGCGAGCCCCGUCAUCUCUCCUCAACCCGCGCCGCACCUGUGGGACGAAGGGAAUCAACGGCCGACCUCUGCUACGCAGGAUGAGCAGGCAUCGUACGGACUGCAGGCGUGCCUCUCUGAUCGUCACCUCAUUGAGGACGAAAAUGAGGAGCAAUCGCAGCCACGACCUGCGUCCGUGCGGUCCACUUCUAGCGCGCUCUCUCCGCCAUCCUCGCAGCUCUUCAGCUCUCCGCUUUUGCACGGCGGCUCCGGAAAUGAAAUGCGGGCUGUGCACACCUCCCACGGUGGCAAUGGGGCCCACCCCGGCAUGGUACUCUACUCCGCAGAGCCGCUGCCACACCAGAAGGUGAUGCUGACGCCGCCCCGCAGCGGCAGUGGUCUUAGCGGCAGUGCCGCGCGAGAGGGCAGCGCCGAGUACACCUGUCCCGGCCGGGUGGAGGCGUUGCCCACGGCCAAGCGCGAACGCUUCAUCAGUUCCGCCGACACGCAGCACAGCGUCGCCAGCAGCAGCACUCCGCCGCCACGGUGCAGGCGUGCCGUCAACGACAACAUCCUCAACCACGGACUGCAGCCGGCGGCGACGGAGCCGUAUGCAGCGGUGCCUGAGGACAGACUUGUUGCGAAUGGUACGGCGUGGCCCUCGGGGCAGCGCGAGCGGCUGCGGCUCAGCGGGGGCACGAGUCGCAGCAGCAGCUACCGCGGCGCCGUGAGCGACAACUCGUCCUCGGAUGUUGCCGCCCCUGUUGCCGGCACCUCGAUCGCUGCGUCGGCGGCCGGUGUGGCGUCGGCAGGCGCGCAGUGUCUCGUGCUGGAUGACACCGUGGACAGCGCGGCGAUUGUCCCACCCGAUCAGCUGCAGUGCCUGCUCGACCAGGCAUCCGGCACGAGCGUCAACGGAUACGUGGCGGAGGAGCCGCCCAGCCCGUAUGGCCGCCGUCUCAUCACGGCUGAGGUGCUGCGUGACUGGACGGGGUGGGAGGACCUCGAGCUGGUGCUCGCCACUCAACUCCGCGUGGACGCUGAGGCAAUGAUCGGCGUGGACCAGAUCGGUCGGCAGCUGCCUCGGCUCUCUUCGCUGAAGCUGAACGGCUCGCGUAUUCCGCGCAUGCGUCAGCUCGGCACCGGCUUUCACGCACUGAGGUUCCUGUGGGUAAACAGCUGCCAUUUGGCCGACGUGCGUGGUCUGGCUGCGUGCUGCCCCGCGCUGGUCGAACUGUAUGCCUCCUUCAACUACAUCACCGACAUCACACCCCUGAUGGAGCUCUCCUCGACGCUCAAGGUGCUCGACGUGGAGGGCAACCUGCUCGACGACGCCACCAGCCUCGGCUUUGUCUUGUCGACCCUGCAGAACGUCGACUCGCUGUCGCUGCUGGGGAACCCCCUCACCUGCGAGCAUCAGGAUCGCGUGCGCGAGGCCUACGCAACCACCAAGGCCGACGAGGCCACCCAGAAGAAUGAGGACAGCGUAGACGCAACAGCGGCGGCGUCCACGUGCGUUGGUAAAGUGCGCUUCACCGACGUCCUGCGUGCCUGGGUGCAGGGCUUGAUGCCCAACCUGCAAACACUGAAUGAUGAGCCGAUGCAGCAGAGGGGUAAAGGUGCCACGUCGGCUGCGGCAGGGACCGUGCGGGCGCCGACUGGUGGCAACGUGCACGUCGACCCAUUCGACGACCGCCUGGCCGAGGAACUUCAGCUGGUUGAAUCGUACGUGCGCGAGACGGACCCCUUCGACCCCCUUCUCGAGGCAGUCGAGGAGGCCAACCAGCAGGUCUACACGCGCCCAUCGACGUCGUGCAGCGGGGCCCGUCCGCGGCUCACGCCUACCACUUCGAUGGGCUGCUCGCGGCCGUCCACUUCCGCCCGUUUCAGCAGCGCGGCUACCUCGCAUCGCCUCGGCAGUGCGUCGGCGACGGAUGCGUCGGUGCUGACGACGGGGGCCGUGCUGGCGGGUAACGCGACAGCGAGCCUGCGCCGCCGGCUCGCGACGCCCACCCCUGUCGCGCUGCCGUCUUCCUCGGAAGGUGUGUACAGCAACAGUCACGACGCGUCGUGCUCUCCCGUCGAGGCGGCCGUGAAGACGACCAGUGCCCGACUCGACGAGCAGGCGCAGCGCGGCGGCGAGGCGUCACACACGGAGACCCCCGAAGACGAGGACGCGCGUGUUGACGCGUUGCUCGCCGACGACAGCGAGGAGGAUGAGUGGGAGCGCUACAAGUCUUCGCUGCUGCUGUCCUCUACUACCAACGCCAAAACUGCUGAUGCUGCUGUUGCGGAUGCCGGUGAUGCCCCCUUGGCGAAGUACUCCUCGCUGCUCAGCUUCUCGUCUGCCGCUCGCAUCAGUGAUAUCGAAGCCGCGAGGCAGACAACGCCAGCGGAGGGGGCGCUGCCUACGGAGGAGGACGGCUUUCACAAGGAGUUGAAGAGCGAAUGGAGCCGGCUGCGGCUGCGCAUGGCAAAGGCGGGACGCGCGCUUUAA